AUGGGUCUUGAGGGGACCCCGAGCCUCUCCGACCGAAAAUUGACGGUCACCGGGAGCUCGGGGAACGAUCGCGACUCCGCGUUCCAACGAGACAGCCAAAACGAAAGUAUGCCAAAUCAGAACUCUGCGACGAUCGGGAAAUCAGGUCCCUUCGGCCAAUCUGCAAAUCCAGCGAGAGCUAGUCAACGAGCCGUUCCAAUGCAUGUCGAUGUCAUCAAGAGUGAGGCGGAUAUGCCGAACUCGAACAACUCCGAAUUAGCCGCCCUCUUUGAAUGCCCAGUCUGCUACGAUUACGUCCUACCACCUAUCCACCAAUGUUCCAUCGGACAUCUCAUUUGCGGACAAUGUCGUCCGAAGCUUCAGACCUGCCCAACAUGUCGUGGACAAAUCCCCCAAAUUCGAAACCUUGCGAUGGAAAAAGUCGCUGCUACUGUUUACUUUCCAUGCAAGUACAAGCAGAAUGGCUGCAAUCAGCAAAUGCUUCAUACAGAAAAGCCAACUCAUGAAGAUCAAUGCGAAUUCCGCCCUUAUGUCUGUCCCUGCCCCGGCGCUUCCUGUAAGUGGAGCGGUAACUUGGACGAAGUUAUGGAACAUUUGUUAGUCAACCACAAGUCUAUCACCACCCUCCAGGGCGAGGACAUCGUGUUCCUCGCUACGGACGUUAAUCUACCAGGAGCUGUGGACUGGGUGAUGAUGCAGAGCUGUUUCAAUAACCACUUCAUGCUCGUUCUGGAGAAACAGGAGAAAUUCGAUGGACAUGUCCAGUUCUUUGCAGUCGUCCAACUCAUCGGAACACGGAAACAAGCUCAACAAUUCGCCUAUCGCCUGGAGUUGAACGGCCAUCGUCGUCGACUGACUUGGGAAGCCACUCCUCGAUCAAUUCAUGAAGGCGUUUCUAGUGCCAUUCAAAACUCGGACUGCCUCGUAUUUGACACGGCGGUUGCUCAGAUGUUUUCCGAAAACGGAAACUUGGGCAUCAACGUAACGAUCUCACUUACUUCAAUGUCAACCUGA